GGAGAACCGGUAUUGAGGUGUUGGCCCGCCACUUGGUCCGUGAUUGUUUGUACAAUGCAAUAGACAUUUUCUCCCGCUCUGCGCUCUGGUUUCAUGUACUUGGGCUUGGAAAUGUGGCUUGAUUGAAGAUUAUUAUUCAGUUUAAAGAAGUGUCUACACACGGACCGAUGAAGUGCUCAAGAUAUUGUCUUUUGGUGACUUGCAACUCCUGUGCUCAAAUCUAGCGAGACCCACUUGCUUGGCAAAUCAUUCGUAUCAUCCCUGUGUUGCUUUCGUUGGUGCUGGUACAUCGCCCUUAGUCAAAUCCAGGUGAAAAGCCUCUCAACGAAAAUUUAACUCAGGUAGUGAGUGAGUGAAUGGUGUUUCUAAGUUAGUCGAAAAUGUUGGUCAGAUGAUUACAAUGACGGAUCUGAGUCAGGUUUGAACUUGGCCGGAAAACUGAACAUGUACAUGUGAAAGUAGCUAAUGGAGUGAAUAGUGUUGGUAUCAGGUGUUGUGUUCAAAGAAUCUAGUGGGUCAAAAUGAGGUAUCCACUCACAAAGAGCGAGGUAUUUCAAGCCUACUUUCUCCUCAACGGCCUUUGUUGUGUAAUAGUCCAAAGCCAAAACGGAGUGGAAGUGAUUGAGGAAUACGAAAUGAGGACGAGUCCACCUUCUCCAGAUGCAUCUAUGGCGGCUUUGGCUCCUGCUCCUCCUGCAACGGGAACUAGCGAAAUCUUGGAGAACGAUGAAGUUCGCGUCACAUUCUUUGCCAAGUCUGGCUUAGACGAAGAUCUUGAUACUCUAAAUCCAGUGGCAGCACAAGAUUUGGAUUACAUGAUAGUAGCCUCGAAGGUUCUUCGCCCAAAUACAGUGUUCCGGAUAAUAGUCAUUUUAUAUGAGGAUUGCGCACCAUUAGAAAUAAGUGCUUCAAUAUCUCGCGAUGGUGUUGCUCUCACCACCAACGAGAUCCGCAUGCAUCCCACGGAGUCCAAUAACAUUCUGCUCAUGGUUCCACCAGAUAACAGUAACACUACGGCCAAGUACCAACUCCGAAUAUACGGAUCCUACCAGAAAAAGGACGGUGGGACGGUUUUCGAGCAUCAGUCGGAGCUGGAGUUUUCCAAGAAAUUUCUUGCCAUCACAAUCAGCAGCAGCCGUGCGGUUUAUUGCGCUGAACAAGUCAUUCGUAUGCGGAUUGUGAUGCUUACAACCUCCCUUAAGCCGUACACCGGGAUUGUUGAUCUUUAUAUUGUGGAUCCGGAUGGAUAUACUAUUCGGAAAUGGAACUCCAAGGAACUCAAUGUUGGAGUACUUACUGAAGACUUUCAGCUCCCUUUAUUCCCCAAGGUUGGGUUUUGGACGAUUCGAGUUCAAGCUGAAGGCCAAGUCGAGGAGCUCAAGGUUAAGGUCGAAAAGCAUUACCUCCCGAAAUUUGAAAUCGUAGUCACGAUGCCCGCCUUCAUCUUGGACUCGGAAGAGCUGAUAAAUGCCUACGUGGAUGGCUCGUUCGUGGUGGAACGUUUGGCCAAGGGCAAUGUCAAGUUAGAUUGGUACGUGAAGAAAAUAGACAAUUGGAACCCCAUGCAUAACGACAGCGUUCUCUAUCGUGAGCAAUAUCGAUAUCAGACAAAAAUAUCCAAUUUGUAUCACGCAGGGCUAUACAAGCCCCUCGUGAAUGAUCCAAACUCUAACGCAUCCCAGCAACGGCCUUUCGACGAUCCGUAUGCCAAUGCGUCAUUCGGACCCAACGUCCCCUUGCGAAAUGAAUGGACCUACUUGAGAACGGAUUUUCAAUACUAUCGACCCCAGGUUGAAUUCCAGCCAUUUACCAUUUAUCUACAAGAGAUUGAAGAUUUCAUGGGACAUCGUGCUGGCAUUCAGGUACGCGCCAGUGCCGUGUUGACCGAGUUCUUUUACAAUGGCUCGCAACCAGCUUUUGCAGAAACACGAAUCAUACAACAGUCAUUGACCUUGAGAUUUCUAGGCCACGAACCAUAUGCUUUUAAGCCAGGGAUGCAAUUUGAUGGCCAAGUCGUUAUCAUGUUUGAUGACUUGAUGCCGUUGACAACCGAUGAGUUAAAAGCGUCUACUCUGGACGUGCGCCCUUACGCUUUAACUCGUUCUGGAGAGGCGAUUGAAAUCGACCCGAUUAAAAUUCCGAUGGAAGAUGACAACGAUCCCAAUCAGACGCCCCAAGACAUUAACGAAUACGACGAGUUCUUGGAGGAAUUUGACGACAUUGAAGAGACUUUCCAAUCCUUCGCUCUGAAGAGCUUAUUUCAGGAGUUCCGCGAAACGGGAGUGCAUCAAUUCAGCUUUCAAAUUCCCGAAGAUGCCAUCCAAAUCAAAGUUAUUGCGGAAUACUCUCAUCCAGACUAUGGGAAUGAAGUCGCCGAAAUCACCGCUUACCCUGCCUAUUCAACUAACAACCAUUUCGUCAAAGUCAUUACGAGUACAAAGAGUCUCAAAGAAGGCGAGUAUGUAGUAUUCCAUGCGAAAACCAACUUUGCCUUCAACUACUUGGACUGGAUGAUCAUAAGCAAGGGCCUGAUCCUGGAGAGCGGCAGAGAGAUCGGCGAGAACAUUCACCCUGAAAUUAGCACAUUCAGUGCCGUGGUGAGCUCAGAUAUGAGUCCGGGCUUUCAUGUGAUUGUGUAUGUGGCCACCAAAGACAACGAAGUGGUCACCGACAGUGCUUUCAUUCCCGUGGAAGCGAUCAAAAGCCAUGAGAUCGAAUUCUACGCCAACCAAGUCAAAGACCACACCAUGAAAACCGUGGAGUUAACUUGCCGAGGGGAUCCAGGGGCAGUGUUCAUGAUAGCCACCAUGCGGGUAGGGCAAUUCCCAGCCCAGGGCAUAUUUGGCCUGUCCAAGGCCUAUCUAUUGGAGAAUUUGCACAAGUUUGAAGAAGGCUCCAAGCAUGUGCACAAAGUGUUGAGAACCGAUCGCUCGGGAGAAACCCCAGAUCAGGUCCUUUUUUAUCCCGCUAUGGCCUAUGAAACGGAUGGACAACGAAGUUUUGAGGAGCGAAAUCUUUUGGUGUUUUCCUCCCACAAACGUCUGUCUGUACCUGAUUUUGUGAAGACUUGUAAUGCUACCAAAGGUGAGAGGGCUUGCUUGGCCAAAGGCUGUUUCACUCUUAGUCAACGUUGCAAUGGAAUCAAUGAUUGUGAUGACGGAUUUGACGAGUCCAAUUGCAUUGAUGAGACCUCAGCGAUUCAAACACAACAUCGAAACUUUCGAAUGUCAAGGCAAAGUCGUUUUGAGGACUUUUAUGAUAUUGCCGACGGCGAUUGGGGUUGGAUCAUCACCAACAUUGAUGAGGAUGGUGAGCAAUUCCUCACCUUAGACAUACCGGAAACACCAGACGACUUCUACUUCAACAUAUUCAGUCUAAGUAAAGAGAAUGGUCUAGGACUCUAUGCCGAGCCUCCAGUCUUCAACACUAUUCGUCCCUUGGAUUUUUAUUGCGAAGCUCCAGAAGCCGUUCAUCGAGGGGAAUCCAUAGGCAUUCGGUGCAUGUUCAUCAAUCGAGGUCCGCAUCCCUUGGAAGCCACCAUCAUGCUGCCAGGUUCGGAGGACUAUGCUUUUAUUCACGUGGAGCAUUUCGGGUUUGUGUCCAGUUACGCACCCAGGCAAUCUUACGGAGACUAUCACCACUACGUCGCCAUCCAGGGCUACUCAGAGCUGGAAGUUCCAUUUCCAAUUGCACCCAAGAUUGAACAGGGCGUGAUCACCGUAGCCAUGCAAUUGUCCUCUCAAAUUAAUAAUGUGGUCCAAGAGGUGGAGAUCGAGAUUUUAGGCGAAGGCAGUAUUGUUCACCGACAUACCUCCCUUCUGCUGGAUCUCAAAAACAGAGCGAAUGUUCUCAGGUUCAUGAAUAUAAUUGUGGAUGAGACUCCCAUCAUACCAUACGAAAUCUAUCGUCGUUACGUAUCAGGAUCGCCCAACGCUCAUAUUCUCAUAUGCGGCGAUGUGAUUGGUCCAAUUUUUCCGGACGACCAACCAGUCAGCUUGGAGACCAUGUUCCCCACGGGAAAUGGACGUUUUGGCAAAGGCACGGACUACCAUGCCUUUAAUCUCGGAGCCAAUACUUGGCAACUCCAUUAUUUGAGACUAACCAAUCAGCUCGUGGGAGUUAACCGAGAAUUGGCUAAAACCGUCUUUCAACAAAUGAACGUAGAGUACACCGCGGUCAUGAGGAGAUUUAGUAGUCAUGGAUGGCUAUCGAACUUCGACAACUCGGGACCAUCGGUGUGGCUCACCGCGUGGACAGUGAGCAUCUUCACCCAUGUGUCCUUCCAGGAUUGGGAGGACUUUAUUUAUAUAGACCCAGUGAUCAUCACUUCAGCUGUGUUGUGGGUCCUGAAUUACCAAAGUGCAGAAGGAGCAUUCUUUGAAACGCAAGAGUACCAAGAUGCACCCCUUCACAAGGUCAUGACACCCAUAGUCAAUCAAAAUGUAUCAAUUCAUGCUCCACUCACUGCUUUAGUUUUAAUCAUGCUUGAAGACACGUCGUCAAUCGUUCAAGGCAAUGGCAAGCAAUACUCUGCCUCGGCCCGUCAAAGGGCUACCUUGUACUUGGAGCGAAAUUUGCCGCUGAUAACGGAUGGCUACGCUAUAGCCAUUGUAACGUACGCCUUGGCUUUAAGCAAAAGCGCCAUGGCAGAUGUAGCUUUCGGGCACAUGAUGCAAGCAGCCAGACAGGAAGACAGUAUGAUCUAUUGGGGCCGGACCCCCAUUCGCACUAACAGGGUACGCUAUGAGUUCAAUCGACCUUUCUUAGAAGCCAAAGACUAUCAAGACAACGAUGCACUAGCUGUCGAGGCCACUGGUUAUGCCUUACUCUCAAUAUUUAUGAUGGAAGGAGGUGGGAUCACUUUCACUCAAGAGAAGAUUGUGCAAUGGCUCAACACAAUGCGGCUCGGGGAUGGUGGGUUCAUAUCCACUGUGGAUACCAUCGUAGCGCUUCAAGCUCUGGUUUUGUACUCUUAUCAUUCUCGCAUUAAGGAUAUUACGGAUUUGCAAGUCGACGUAGACCUACCGGACAGCAACGUGACAGAGUCGUUUUAUUUCACGGGACAAAAUCUAGCUAAAGGUCAAAGGAUUGACAUCGAGAAUGUGUGGGGACAUAUGAACAUAUUUGCCCACGGUGCAGGCCAAGCUGUGGCUCAACUAGAUGUCAAUUAUGGCGUGGAUUAUGAGCCUUUUAAAGACAGCCCUGCCACUGAUUGCUUCAAGCUGACCAUCCAAGAGUUCUUUCAUGGCAGAAAUAAGUCUGAAAUUACUGUGAAGAGCUGCUUCAGUUGGACUCUAACCAUUGAAGGACCGGUCUCCGGUUUAACUAUGUUGGUGAUUGACACACCAUCUGGUUACGUCAUGGAGCAGCCUUUGGCUAACGGCAUCGUCGAAAGUGGAGUUGUACCUGAGAUGAAGGAUUCUGAUGUCACCAAAGUAGGAAAGACCAUCUGGUACUUCAAUCAAGUUCCUAACGAGACGCGUUGCUUCGAACAUACGGUCCGCCGCUAUCACCCCGUGGCAAAUCUAACAAGGACGAGACAAGCCAUUCUAGUGGAACCUUACCGACCGGAGAGAUUUGUGAUCAAGACCUUCAAUGCCACCUCGCUCUACAUUUUGAGUAUUUGUGAAGUGUGCGGCUCAUUUCAGUGUCCAUACUGUCCGACCUUCAGUGGAUCGGGAAUAGCCGCUUUCAGCUUCUUUUGUCUGUUUGUGACAACUCUCUUGACAAUUGUUCAGACUUUUCCUUAAUUCUAUUCAAUUGCUAUUGAAGACGUCAUGAGCACAACACAUCAAUUCAAGAUGCUUGCUCAACAAUGCAACCUCCCUCACGGCUGUGCAAUACUUCAUUAAAAGGUGAUCAUUUUGACUCUA